ACACUGCACUAAGGUUUAUUAAGGAGUUGUGUUUCCUGUUUUUGUUGGAGUUGUGUGUUCAGCUGUUCGGAGGAGCCCCUUGUUUAAAGAUUUAAAACUUUGGGGAGUAGGCAGCAUUGUAGCCAGGCUGGCAUAUCCAAAGUGGUGUUGUUUAAAAACAGUGCAUGCUUCCCAGGAAAAUAACUGCAAGGAGUUCCCACAUGGGUAGAAAGUCUGCCUAGAUCCUGAUGUCUGUCUAUAAGCGGGCCACGUUUGAGGAGGAUGACCUUGUGGACUCUCCAGUAGAUGAGGUGUACCCCAACGGGAUGCAGGUAAGUUUUGGUGGUGCAAGCCGCAGUCGGAGAUGCUGGUCAGACCGGACCCACGUUGAGAAGAAGCUACUAGUAAUCGUGGGAGUGCUGUCUGUCUGUCUGCUGGCCUGUAUAUUUGUUCUGAGCCUGCGCUACAGGAACGCUCACCCCCAACUCUGCCUGUCUGAGUCCUGUAUCAAGGUUGCUAGCUCUAUCCUGGGCUCUCUGGACCGCAAUGUGGACCCCUGCCAGGACUUUUACUCCUUCGCCUGUGGGAACUGGGUGAAGACCAACCCCCUGCCCGACGGCCACUCCCGCUGGGGCACAUUCAACAGCCUGUGGGAGCACAACCAAGCCAUCAUGAAGCACCUGCUGGAGAACACCACCAUGAACGGGACGAGCGAGGCCGAGCGCAAAGCACAGAGGUACUUCCAGUCCUGUAUGAACGAGCAGAAGAUAGAGGAGCUGGGAGCACAGCCCCUCAAAGACCUGAUCAACCAGACUGGGGGCUGGAAUGUGACUGGUCACUGGGAUAAAGAUAACUUCCAGGAGGUGCUGCGCAUUGUCUCUGCACAAUACCGCACCUCGCCCUUCUUCUCAGUGUACGUCAGCACAGACUCCAAGAACUCCAACAGCAACAUCAUCCAGGUAGACCAGUCAGGGCUGGGAUUGCCCUCUAGAGAUUACUACCUCAACAAGACUGUCAAUGAGAAGAUACUGACGGCCUACCUGAACUUCAUGGUGGAGCUGGGAGUGCUCCUGGGGGGAGAGGAGGCCUCGACGCGGGGGCAGAUGCAGCAGAUCCUGGACUUGGAGACCGCCCUCGCCAACAUCACCAUUCCCCAGGAGCAGCGCAGAGACGAGGAGCUUAUCUACCACAAAGUCACGGCCAGAAAGCUGCAGGCUCUGGCCCCGGCAAUAGACUGGAUGCCCUUCCUCUCAGCUGUGUUUGCCCCUGUGCAGCUGAACGAUUCGGAGCAGGUGGUCAUUUACGCACCAGAGUACCUGCAGAGAGUCUCGGAUCUCAUCAACAGCACCGACAAGAGUGUCCUCAAUAACUACAUGAUCCUGAAUGUUGUGCGCAAGACGGCCUCCAGCCUGGACCACAGAUUUCAGGACGCACAGGAUAAGUUUCUUGAGGUCAUGUAUGGGAUCAAGAAGAGCUGCACCCCCCGGUGGAAACUGUGUGUCAGUGACACGGACAGCGCCCUGGGAUUCGCACUGGGAGCCAUGUUUGUGAAGGCCACCUUCGCAGAAGACAGCAAGAAGAUUGCUGAAGAGAUGAUUACUCAAAUUAAAACAGCCUUCGAAGACAGUCUGCAGUACGUGGGCUGGAUGAAUGUAGAGACCAGGAAAGCUGCUAAGGAAAAGGCUGAUGCAAUCUACAACAUGAUUGGGUACCCCAAAUUCAUCAUGGAUUCCAAGGAGCUGGAUAAAGUGUUUAAUGACUACACAGUGGUGUCAGACCUCUACUUCCAGAACGUGAUGCAGUACUACAACUUCUCUGCCCGGGUGACUGCCGACCAGCUGAGGAAAGCUCCCAACCGUGAACAGUGGAGUAUGACCCCUCCAACGGUCAACGCCUACUACUCCCCCACCAAGAACGAGAUGGUCUUCCCUGCCGGGAUCCUGCAAGCCCCCUUCUACACCAGGACCUGGCCCAAGGCGCUUAAUUUUGGUGGGAUCGGAGUUGUCAUGGGGCACGAACUGACCCACGCUUUUGAUGAUGAAGGCCGGGAGUAUGACAAGGAGGGGAACCUGAGGCCCUGGUGGAACAACGCGUCCAUUGAGGCCUUCAAGAAGCAGACUGAGUGCAUGGUGGAGCAGUACGGCAACUACAGCAUCAACCGCGAGGCCAUGAACGGAAAGCACACGCUGGGAGAGAACAUCGCCGACAACGGGGGGCUCAAGGCGGCCUACAAGGCCUAUGAGAGCUGGACCAAGAAGCAUGGGGAGGAGGAGGAGCUUCCGUCGCUGGGGUUGACCAAUCAGCAGCUGUUCUUUGUUGGUUUUGCACAGGUGUGGUGCUCCGUUCGGACUCCAGAAAGUUCCCACGAGGGCAUGAUAACGGACCCCCACAGCCCAUCGCGUUUCCGAGUCAUUGGCACAGUGUCUAAUUCUCAGGAAUUCUCCAAGCACUUCCACUGUCCAGCUGGCUCACCCAUGAACCCUGCCAGGAAGUGUGAGCUCUGGUGAGCCUCCCCUCCCUGGACCAGCACAGAAAGCCACAUGCUGGAUUCCAAAUGAGGAGGCACUGGAUCCUUGACUUUCCAGGACUGCAGACAGUCUUCAGAACCACUAUGACCUUAUACGUUCAGGUGUCAUUCGGCAGCUCUUUCAAUAGCCGAAAUAAUAUAUAUAUAUAUA